AUGUGCAUCAACUGCGGCAAAGUCGGUGGUUCAAGCACCACACAUGGCCAGGUUCGAACUUAUCAGCUCCCUCUAAGUACCAUGCACGAGGCCCUAGACACAGCUCUGAAACCCAUCAUGAAGAGCAUAGGUAGUCUUCAGCGGAGUGUUGACGAGCUCAAGAAAGAGAAGGCUGAGAACGAAGGGAAGGAGAAGCGACUAAAGAAGAACCUAGACGACCUUGGUGACCAACUGGCGUCCGUGGUUCAGAAUGUGCAUGACCUCCAGAGCAAGUUGCAGGGCGCCAUGCCUCCGCCGCCGGCGAACAACUAA